CGAAUGUUCGCGGAGCAGCGCAGACGACCAAAGGGGAUGGGGGGCGACGGGUGACGAGAGACGAGCGGCCCGCGAAUGAUCCCGCGUCACGGAUACGGGGGCAUCCCAGGGGGAUCACCAAGUGCCGAGGAUCACUGACGGUCACGGACGCAGACAGACCAUCACGGGGGGGUCACGGAGGAUCACGGGCGACGGAUGAUCACAGUUGACGAAUGUUUACAAUGGCCACAGACACAGGGGAUCACGGGGGACAGGCGAUCGAAGGCCCAGGCGACCGUCGAAGACCACAGAGGAUCACAGGCGAUCGCCCAGACGAUCGCAGACAGAGAAAACCACACACGAUCCCAGGUGACGGACGAUCGCAGAGGGACACGGGGGACAGGAGAUCACAGGUGACAGAGGUUUACAGGGACCGCAGGCGCAGAGGAUCACGGGGGCCAGAUGAUGACAGAUGACAGAUGUUUACCGUGACCACAGACCGAGAGGAUCCCGGAGGAUCCCGGGCAAUGACGCACGCGAUCGCCCGGGGGGUCGGGCACGGACGGUCACGGACACGGAAGAUCACCCACGACCCCAGAUGGCAGGCGGUCACAGGCGAUCGCAGACAGGGACGAGAUCACAGGCGAUCGCGCAGACCGUCGGACCCGGAAGGAUCGCGGACCCGGGCGAUCCCGGAUCCCGGACACGGAAAACCACACAGGGUCCCGGCUGCCGGGCGAUCACGGGGGAUCACCGACAGAGACCACGGCGGAAGAUCGCAGGCGAUCAGACGCCCCAUCGCACGGACGAUCGGUUCCGGGUUGCGGCCGAGCGCGAAGGACGCCAGCUCCGGCCCCGCGGCGGAUCAUGAGGCGGCCCGGGCCCCGGGCGGCGGGGGGACGGACGCUCCCCGGACAGAGCUCCCGAGCCGGGUGGUGAGGCCCGUCCGUCCGUCCCUGCGGCCAUGGGCCCCGGCCCGACGGGGACCCGGCCCCCGCUGCCCUCCCGCUUCCGCCUGCUGCUGCUCCUGGCGUCGGGCGUCCUGGGCGCGGGCUGGGCCGCCUCCGGCUACCUCCGGGGAGCCCCCGGGGCCGCCCCGCCGCCCCCCAGGCCUCUGGGGGACCUCCGCCCGGCCACCACGCCCGGACGGGACGGGACCCGGACUCAGGCCCUCGUCGCUCCCCGGACCCAGGCGGGCCUGGCUCCUUGCCCGGCCCGCUCCCCGCACCUGAAGGGCGCCGACCGGCUGGCCUUCCCGCCGUCGCUCACGUGGGACGACGUGCGCCGAGACAACCCCGGGGUCCGGCCGGGCGGCCGCCACCGGCCCCCCGAAUGCCGGGCCUCCCAGAGCGUGGCCGUCCUCGUCCCCCACCGCGCCCGCGAACGCCACCUCCUCUACCUCCUGGCCACCCUGCACCCCUUCCUGCAGAGGCAGCAGCUGGACUACGGCCUCUACGUCGUCCACCAGGCCGGGAGCGGCAAGUUCAACCGAGCCCGGCUGCUGAACGCGGGCUACCUGCAGGCCCUGAGGGAGCGUCCCUGGGACUGCUUCGUCUUCCACGACGUCGACCUGGUGCCCGAGAACGACCACAACGUCUACUCCUGCGGCCCCCAGCCCCGGCACCUGGUGGUCGGCAGGAACAGCACCGGCUACAGGCUUCGCUACCAAGGCUACUUCGGGGGCGUCACCGCCCUGACCCGGGACCAGUUUGCCCGCGUGAACGGAUUCUCCAACAAUUACUGGGGCUGGGGGGGAGAAGAUGAUGAUCUCAGGAUCAGGGUGGAGCUGCAGAAGAUGCAGAUUACACGGCCGUCGCCCGACGUGGCCCGCUACACCAUGAUCUUCCACACCCGGGACAAGGGCAACGAGGAGAACGCGGGGAGGAUGAAGCUCCUGAACCAGGUGGGCCGCGUCUGGAAGACGGACGGGCUGAACUCGUGCUCCUACCAGCUGCUGGCCCUGGACCACGCGCCUCUGUUCACCAACGUGACCGUGGCCUUCCCCCCGGGCUCCUAGGAAGCCGGGAGCGUCCCCCUCUCCCGGCCCGAGCCCGGCGGGCGGGGUCCCGGCCGGGCCGCCGCCGCCGGCGGAACGUCUUGUCGUCGGCCGGGAACGUCGCGGGGGGCGGGGCCGCUCGGGAAGCCCCCCGACUCUCCAUCCUGGCUCCCUCGAGGGGGAAUCCACCGAGGCCCGGGGCCGCCGCCCUGGGAAUGGCUCCGGGGUUCGCCCGAGACCCCUCGGGCGGCCGGAAGGCUCGCCCACCUCACCCCUCGGGGGGCGGACGCCGACCGGCCCGGGCCCCGGCUCUGACCCCCGCUCUGACCGGCUCGGGCCUCACGGCCGUCGGCCCGCCCCCGGGCAGCGAGCCGGGCGGCCCCCGGAGGUCCCUCCCUCCGGCCCCCCCCGGCCCCUCCGGGCCUCGGUCUCCUCCUCCGUCAAGCGGGGGAGAACCGGUCCGGCUCCCGCCCACCCCCGGGCCCGGGUCGGCGUCGAGGGCCCGCUGAGAUAGCGGCUGGCGUUUAGUGGCCGGCGUCAGCGGCCGGCAAGGAUCGGGACAAUAAAGCCGGUCACCCGCA